GAAGCCCGUGUGGGAGCGGCUGUCCGGAGUUCAGUCCGGCUCCCAGCGGCGUUUGGAGUCCCCGGCCCGGAGCUCGCUGCUCUGGGCUGGGGACACGGUGGGGAGCGGGGCUCGGUGAUCCUGGAGGGCUUUUCCACCCUCCCUGAUCCCGGGAUUCUGUGCUUUAAAAGGAACUGAGUGUCCUGAGCAUCUCCGACAUUAGCAAAAAAAAAUACUGGUUCUGCUGUGCUUCCUUGGUGAACAAUGAAGGUGCUGCUGCUGAAGGAUCCCAAAGACAAAGAUUCGGGACCAGAUCCAUAUAUUAAAGAAUUAGGAUCAUACAGCUUGGAAGCAACGUUGAUCCCAGUUUUGUCAUUUGAAUUCACCUCUCUUGACAGCUUAUUUGACAAGCUUUCCCAUCCAGAGUGCUAUGGAGGCCUAGUUUUUACCAGCCCAAGAGCAUUAGAAGCCAUCAAGAUUUGUUUAAAAGAGAAGAGUAAAAAAGAAGCCUGGUCAAAAUCUCUUAAACAAAUGUGGAAUAUCAAACCAACAUAUGUGGUAGGAAAAGCUACAGCUUCUUUAGUGGAAGAAAUUGGUCUUAUUCCACAAGGAGAAAAGGCUGGAAAUGCUGAGAAAUUAGCUGAAUAUAUUUGUUCAAGAGAGAAACUCAAUUCCUCAGCUCUCCUAUUUCCUUGUGGAGCCCUGAAAAGAGAAGUACUUCCCACAGUGCUGAGAGAAAAAGGCAUACCCCUGGAAAGCCUCACUGUUUAUCAAACAACCCAGCACCCUGAUCUGCAGGAAUCUUUGAGCAGUUACUUCUCCCAGCAGGGGAUCCCUGCGAGCGUCGUGUUCUUCAGCCCAUCCGGUGUCAAAUUCUGCCUCCAGCACAUCCAAAAGCUUUCGGGGGAUCUGAUCAACCAAGUCAAGACCUACUGUCCUGCAUAAAAGUGGCUUUUUGGGAUUGUGAAGCACUGUCCUGGUCAGGGAUGGGUGUGAGAAGGUUGCACCUAAAUCUCUUAAGAAAUCUGGAAUCUGUCCAGCAUCCCUGAAGCAUCCAGCUAUUCCCUUUCCUCCUGUGUGUACUGUGAGUAUUUUAUCCUUGAAAAGACGCUGUGAACACUGAGACACUGAAAUCAGCCCCACACCUCACCUCAGGUAUCUCCCAGCACAGCUCAGGUUGGAUUUCUCUGUGUGAUCAGUUUUACUUGCACAUCUUCUUUUGUAGGAAAAACCCUCAUAUUCCAAUGAAGUAUUUUCUUUUGUAAACUUGUUGUUCCACUUUUCAAAUAUUUGUAUAAGAGUGGUGAUUGUAGAUUCUUAGUGGAACAGGAGAAUUCUUGCAGUGAAGUUUCUCUGUGUGGGGCUAAUUCAGGGCAGCUGUUGGCCCUUGUUACCCUGACAGGGUCUUAAAAAUGAGGUUUUGGUUUCUGUUCCUGUAAAGAAGGAUUUAUUAACAUGGAAAUAAACUGGCUUAUCAAAAUUAA